UUGCUGUGUAGUUUCAUUGAAUGGGUAUAGAGAUUUGGACUCUGAGGAGACAUGAAGCUCUCGCUGGCGUUCGCUUUAGUUAUUACCAACCCAUUACAUGUUGCUCCUAAAUUCAUAACGAACAUAUUAACAUAUUGAGAGGAAUUGACGUCAACCUUUUUUCCCCAACGUGCAGCAUUGGCCAGCAUCACCCGCCUCACUGCGUCCGUGCUAUCGCAGCGACCCGUGGCAUAUCCGGGGGGAAGACUAGCCUACCACCUAACAAGCACUAACUCAACGGCUUUAACAGGGACAGAGCUCAGAUUCCAGGCCAGUCUAGACGAAGCCAUGCCCCGUCAAACUCAUCAUGGCUGUCCAACCACCACCGCCGCCGCCAACGCCACCUCCUCCUUCAGGCUCCAUCGGCCGUGGCUGAUGUUGGUCCUCCUCAUGCUCCUGUGUCCCCUGGACAAUGUGCUGGCCCAAGGGGAAGGCAGCGCCCAGGCUCAGGCCCAGUCUCCCACCGAAGUCCUCCAGGACCUCCUGACCCGCUAUGGGGACAACUUCACCAUCACAGUGCCCCAGCUUCGGGCCCUCCUGUCCCACCUGAGUCGGGACCAGGGGGACGAGGCCAACAGCACCUCCGUCGCCGCGACCGAGAGACCACCGGUGUCCACGCCCAAAGCCAUCAGCUCCAAGUGCCUGGCGUCAGAUACCUUGGCCGUGUAUAACUUCAGCGAGCAAUCACGGCUGGAUGGACAGGGCUUGCAGAUGUUCUGCCCCACCAUGCUACAGCAAUUGGAUGCCGGUGCUUGUGGCAUGGAAAAGGAGGAGGGGCUUAGCAGUGAGCCCGCCCCCAGACCGACUGGCUUAGAAGUGUGGGGCUUCUCCUUCCUCAGUGUGACGCUGGUCAGUGUCUUCUCUCUCACCGGGGCCGUGCUGGUGCCGCUCAUGACCUCGCGCUACAUGCGCCGCGCCCUGGCCUAUUUCAUCGCUCUGUCCAUCGGCACGCUCUUCUCCACCGCCGUGUUCCAGCUCCUGCCCGAGGCGUUUGGCUUCGACCCCACUGUCAACAACUAUGUGUCCAAGUCCACGGUCGUUUUCGGGGGCUUCUACCUGUUCUUCUUUACGGAGAAAGUCCUCAAGGCCCUGCUGAAACGGAAAGAUGGGGAAGACGGCCAUGGCCACAGCCACAGCCACUUCCACGGCUCGGAGUGUUACUUGUCGGCCAACGGCGAUGCCGAGGGCGUGCGGGAGAAGCUCCAGGCCAACGGGGAAGCCCUGGGCGACAAGGCGGACGCCGGGGAGGGGGAGCUCAUGCUUAGCCCCGCACAGACACCACAGGCUGCCUCGGGCCCCGAGGCGGGGGCGGUCGCGGGCCCCAGCAGCAAACGGGGGGGAUGCUACUGGCUGAAGGGGACGGCCUACUCCGACAUCGGCACGCUGGCCUGGAUGAUCACGCUGAGCGACGGCCUGCACAACUUCAUCGACGGGCUGGCCAUCGGCGCCUCCUUCACGUCCUCCGUGUUCCAGGGAAUCAGCACCUCCGUGGCCAUCUUGUGUGAGGAGUUCCCCCACGAGCUCGGGGACUUUGUUAUCCUGCUGAACGCUGGCAUGAGCAUCCAGCAGGCGCUGUUCUUCAACUUCCUGUCUGCCUGCUGCUGCUACCUGGGUAUGGGCUUUGGUAUCCUGGCAGGAAACAGCUUUUCGCCUAAUUGGAUUUUUGCCCUGGCUGGCGGAAUGUUCCUCUACAUCGCUUUGGCGGACAUGUUCCCAGAGAUGAACGCGGUGAGUCGGGAGGAGGAGGAGGCCGGAGGCAGCAGCUUCAUCGUCAUCUUCGCCAUCCAGAACGCAGGGCUGCUCACCGGCUUCGCCAUCAUGCUUCUCCUCACCACCUACUCGGGCCAGAUGAGAAUGGACUAGCACUGGGAGCGCACCGGUGUGCAAAGACAGCUGGAACCUGUCUUAAAGAGCUGUAUGUGGGUGUGAACUGUACCAAACUAGACUGGAUAGCAUAACGGGCCUCACGUCUUUUCCUCUUGUUCCUCUUUCAAUCUAGUUUCAACUCAUCCCUCAUCAGUGAGGCUUUGGUGCGGCAGGAACGCAACCCAAGCCGGCCGUCGCAGUACUCGUUCAUAUGCAGUCUGAUAGCUGUAGAGUUGUGAAGGCCCCCGUGACCCUUUCUUUUGUUCCUUUAGUUUACUUCUGUCAGUUUUACCCCUACUGUAUGUGCACUAUUCCUGUGUGCCAGGCUGGAGAUAUCCAGGUAACUCCAUUCCUAGGGCUCCAAAGUACUUUUAGAAGCUUAUCAUGUGCGUGAGCACUGUAAGGCCCCUGUAUGCUGAACAUGAACUGAUGUGCAAUACUUAACCACCUGCUGAAACUGUCCUUCGUUCAUCAUGCUAUUGAUCAGCCGCUUUGGAGCUCUGCUCUUCUUCAACUCCUCGUUCUCUACUUGGGCUAACUUUGCCUGGAAGGAUACGCAUUUAUAUCUGUAAUCGUUUGUACUCGUAAACCUUCCCAAGCAGGGAUAACCGUUACUUGAUAGACAAAGAGUUUUUUUAAUUUUCUUUCUUUGUUUGCUUCUAUCCAGAACCAAAAUAGUACAAAGGUACUGGAGUGUCGACCUUGAAGUUGCUAUGGCUAGACCGUGUGUGUGUGUGUGUGUGUGUGUGUGUGUGUGUGUGUGUGUGUGUGUGUGUGUGUGUGUGUGUGUGUGUGUGUGUGUGUGUGUGUGUGUGUGUGUGUGUGUGUGUGUGUGUGUGUGUGUCUUUUGGUUUUGUGAAAAUAAAUAUGUAUACGGAAUCUGUCGAGAGACCAAAUAUGGGCAGGCCAUGAAGAAUGGCGAAGGGCUGCAUUGGAAUAUGUAACCCUCUUUGGAAAGACAGACUUCCAA